AUGCCCGCCAUCCGCGCGCGCGACCACGACAAGGACACCGUGUCCAUUGCCAUCGCUGCAGCGGACCUCUCCAUCCGCGACCGCUCGCCCAUGUUCUCCUUCGACGACCCCGCCCACUUCGACUCCGACAACAUGAUCUUUGACUUUGACGACAUGCACGCCUACGAGCCAAAGUCGCCCUUUGUCUGGGACCCGUCCAACGACUUCACCAUGUCGUCCUCCGCGCCGUUCCCUGGCUCUCCUGACUCCACGUCAAGUCAGCUCGAUCCUCUAGCGCCUUAUUUGCCUCCGAGCGAUCGUCGAUUUAGUCCCGAGGCGCUCGGUGGUCAGACGGACGCGACGGGCUCGACGCCUGACUUCAACGAGAGCGCGCUCUACGCCAACUGGCUCGCCGACCCCGACCCGCAACCGUUCCACUCGUCCGCGGUCCCCAUCCCCAUCCCGAGCCACCAUGCGCUCCCGUCGUCGCCCAUGCAGUCACCAUACGCGUACAGCGACAGCUCCUCAGUCUUCCCAGACGUGUCCAUGUUCUCACCCCAGACCGCGUAUGCCGCUCUACAGCCACUCCCGCGGUCAUACACGCCCGACGACGCCAUCAUGACAGAUGCACUCCGGAGCGACGCGCAGGUCCCGAUGACCCCGCCAGAUGCGCUGAAGCCCGCGUGGGCGAUGCAGCUGUGGGAUUCGCCCGGCGCGCAGCCCGCUGCGCUCGUGCCGUUCCCUUCUCUGUCUGACGAUGCUUACGCAACACAGCGACAACGCGUCAACUCCCGCCGUGGGAUCACUCCCGUCACGCAGCUGUUCCAAUCGUCGUCCGCCCCCUCCGUCUCCCACGCCCGCCCGCCGCCUCUUUCCCGCGGGUACAGCCGCCGCGCGGAAUCCAUCAGCGAACACGACGACGCCACCAUCCGGAAGAAGAAGCGUGCUGGCUCUGAGGAAGAGAUCCUCCCGGUGGAGAAACGAGCGGAGACACCACCGCUCAAGUCGACUCUUCGCCCCCCUAAGCUCGCGCCCUCCGCUUGGCAGCUGUAUUUCACCGAUUGGAUUGCGCGACACCAGGCGUCCAGUUCGAAGAAGCUGAACGUCGCACAAGCUGCCAAGGAGGCUGGGCAGGAAUACGCCAAGCUGAGCGACGCUGAGAAAGAGCCGUACAAGCACCGCUCUCAGGAGGCGAAGGAUACGCGCGAGCGCGAGCUUGCUGCGUACAUGAAGACGCUCACGCCCGAGGACAUCAAGCGCGAGAAUGCGUUCCGAACCGCGCAACGUCGGGCGGGCAAGUCACGUAAGGGAAACAUCAAGGACCCGAACGCACCGAAGAAGCCGCUGAGCGCGUAUUUCAUGUUCUUGCAGCGUAUUCGGUCGGAUCCCGAAUUGGUUAAGGAGGUCUUUGGUGAUGAAACCGAGACGACCAAGCAGAGCGUCCUGGCCGCAGGCAAGUGGCGCUCAAUGACCGAUGAGGAACGAAAGCCGUUCCUCGCUCAGGCCGAGCAGGAGAAGCUGGAAUACGAAUCCGCAAGAAAGCUUUACGAGGAAGGCACUACCGGGUACGGAACAAGUAUCAACUUCAGCAUCCUGCCCAGUAGCUCUAUCAACUCGAUGCCGUUCCCGAGGAGCGCAUUGCGACAGCCGAAGCAAGAACCUUUCAGCUCCGAGAGCGAAAGUGACGGCUUUACUACGGACGAUGGCGCCGAUCUGCCGACGCGUCGCUCAUGA